ACAGAGUCGGAGUCGUGCCGGUCCCUCCCCGGAGGUGUGUGAUGCUGCUGGUCCUCGCUCCGCCGCCCCCCGCCCUCCCCGGGCGGAGCCGCCGCAAGGCCGGGGUGACGGGCGCGGGCGGGCGCCGGUGCGUCAGCUAGGCGGGAGGGGCCGGGCGGGGCCGGCGGGACGCGGCGCGGCAGCGGCUCGGGCAGGGCAGCGGGUGCCCAUGACGGAUCUGGCGUCGCCGGCGGGUGAGAAGCCCUUCGCCUUCCCAGGGGGCGAGGAGGGCCUGGGAGACGAGAAGGCGCUGGUGAUCCACAGCCAAGCAGAGGAGGAGGUGGAGAAGGAGUUCAAGUGCAUCCUCUGCGGGGAAUGCUUCGGCCAGCAGCCCAGCCUCGCCCGGCACCAGAAGCACCACGCCGGGGAGCGCGCCUUCAUCUGCGCCGAGUGCGGCAAAGCCUUCAGCCUCAAGCACAACCUCAUCAUCCACCAGCGCAUCCACACUGGGGAGCGUCCCUACCAGUGCGGCGUGUGCCAGAAGAGCUUCAGCCUCAAGCAGAACCUGCUCACCCACCAGCGCAUCCACAGCGGCGAGAAGCCCUUCUCCUGCCAGCGCUGCGGGAAGUGCUUCCGUGAGCAACGCUUCCUCCUCAACCAUCAGCGCACCCACGCCGAAGACCGGCCUGGCACCACUGCCACCGAGGUCCAGCCGGGCAGCAGCCGCUCGCCGCAGCCAUAUGAGGCAGCCACCGGUGGCCCGUUUGCCUGUGCCCGCUGCGGGAAGGGCUUCAGCUGCAGGAGCAGCCUGGCCACGCACCAGCGCAGCCACGGCGCCGAGCGGCCCUUCGCCUGCCCCGACUGUGGCAAGGCCUUCAGCCAGAAGGGCUCCCUGAGGAUCCACCGGCGCACCCACGCUGCCAGGACACCCUUCUCCUGCACCCAGUGCGGCCAGAGCUUUGCCCAGGAGGUUGACCUCACCGCGCACCAGUGUGCCCCUAGGGCUGAGGCCGCCCUCACGGAAUGACGGUGGCGAGUGCCAGCGCGGAGCCGGAUCUCAGCAGCCGCCAGCUGCAUCCCUGUGCCAUGCUAUGCCGGGAAGGAGCUGCAGCACCACGUUGCCGCGGGUGUGAAAAAGAGGAGGAGGAGGAGGAGGAAGAGGAGGCUCGUCCCGGCUGCGCCGAGAGCCUCCAGUGAGGCAGAAAGCACGCAAAAUAAAAAUGAAAUCAAACACAAA